AGUUUUCAAACUCGGUUGGUGUGUGCGUAUACACUGCAAUCGUCUUCCCGUGAGCGAAUCAGUAGCACACGAGCGCUCGUUCAGCGAGCAUCGUAACCGAGGCUCGAGUGGAAAUGUCACCUCGUGAACGUCGUCUCAUCGUGAGAGUUUUAUCAUUAUAAUAAUUUUUGUCGAAAAAGAAAAUAAGAGGACAAGAAGAUAGAAAAAAUUUUUGCAAUAUUUUUAAAGGAAAUUUUUUUUCUCUAAAAGUGUGUUCGCUAUUAUAGUGUGCAAAAAAAUACGAGUAUCGCGAAAAAAAAUAUUUUUUUUUUGCAAAAUACUUUUCGUGUUGUUCUCUUGGAAAGAGAAAAAGCGCGAAUUGUUUUUUUUUCCUUAAGUGUGGUGUUAUUUUUUUUUUUGGAGCUCUGAUUUUUUGCCAAAAAAAAGUGCAGUGUCUCGAGGGGGAGAAAAUUUGUUACGUUUCUUCCAAUCGGUGAAAAAAGAUUUUUUUUUUUUGAAAAUGGUGCCGCAACAACAAGACAGCCCUUCGAGUUCGGGGAUGCCGUUAUUCGGAUCGCUACUGGUGGAUAAAAAUUCAUCCACACCUUAUUCGGAUGCAACGCAGACGAAGAAAAACAAUCCAAAUCAUAUAAAGAGACCGAUGAACGCUUUCAUGGUGUGGUCGCAAAUUGAGCGCAGGAAGAUCUGUGAGAUUCAGCCCGAUAUGCACAAUGCGGAGAUCAGUAAACGAUUGGGACGCAGAUGGAAGACACUUGAUGACGAGGCGAGAAGGCCAUUUAUCGAGGAGGCCGAGAGACUACGACAAUUGCACAUGGUUGAAUAUCCCGAUUAUAAAUAUCGACCAAGGAAAAAAACGACAAAACCAUCGCCCUCGCCAAAAACAAAGGAAUUAAAGAAGACCAAGAAAUUAUCAAUCUCCCAAGUGACACCAACAAAAAUACGCAACGACUCCAACAACAAUAACACCCAAUCACCAAUCAAGAGGCUUCAAUCGCCACCAACGACAAAUCCAGUAUCGAGGCUCAAAAUAAAGCUCGCUCUCGAUAAAAGGCCACAGGAUUACACACCCCUACCGCCAAUAAUCACUGCCAAGGUACCAAGUAGUCCAUCGUGUGACACACCCGAUUCACCAGAAUCGGCAAGUUUCUACGAUGAUAAUUUCAUCGAUUCCACCUGUCUUCCAACGACAACAUCGACGACGACGACGACGACAGCGGCUAAAGUCAAACAGGAAGCUGCCGACUUGGAGUACAAUGAGUUCCUCAAUGACAGGUUACUAUCGUCGGUGAGUUCUUUUGGUGGCGAUCUAGCAACAUUAGCACGCAGCUAUCAACGAACAACGCCAUGUCGAUCAUUGGACAAUGUUUUUGUCAAAGAAGAACCACACGAUAUCACAACUGGUACGACGACAAUACAAUUAAAUUGUUCACCAUUAACCGCAACAACAACAACGACGACAAAUCAAAAUCUAAAACUCAAUGACGAUACAACGAAUCAUAAUCUUGGCGAUCUUGAUUCCCUAUUGCAAAUCUCAUCCACCGAUCUCCUUCAAAUACAACCGGAUUUUAAACUCGAUCUCGAUAUGGACACAAUAACGACUGAUCUUGAUUCAUUUGAAACAUCAAGUUCCAGCAGUGGAUCACAUUUUGAAUUCACAUGCACACCCGAUGUCACCGAUAUGUUGUCAUCAAUUGGCGUUCAUAACGAAUGGGGUAGUUUUUAAAGAAAAAGAACAAAAUUUUUACAAAGACGAUCGAGGUCAAAAUAUUACUUUUUUUUGUAAAGGGGAUUCUUCGAGAGAUUUGCAUCACUAAUUUGAAGAAAAAAAUUUUCUUUCAAUAUUUUUUUUGGAGAAACUAAAUUCGGAAAUUAUUUAUUUUGUCGUGAUCAGAAAAUUUUGAGGUGACGUUUCCUGCCUCUCUUUCCUUAAAGUAUUCUGCGGUUUCUGUUUGAAAGAGGAGGGAGGGGGAUUUUUUUUCGCGUCCCAGGCUUUCAUACUAAAAACCGGUUACGCUAUUGGAAGCCCUGAUGAGAGAGUUUGGCCAAGGUGAAGAGAAUCACAUCCUUUGGGAAAAAUCUUUUUUUGCUUUCAUGUCCAAGGCUUUGCGGUCGGGACACUUUUUUUCGAAUUUAUGAACAAUUGUGAGAAAUUUGCCUGCUUUUUUUUUAUUGGCAAAUUAGCAGCAAUUUCUUUUAUAUACCAGAAACAUAAAAGAUUUCUUUGAUAAACAAAAAUUAUAUAUACCAAAAAAAGAAAAGAUUCAAAAAUAAAUUCAAAACGAAAAAGAUUUUUCCAAGGAAAAUUUGUACGUCUUCUUUAGAGCAAAAAUUUGUAAACCCUUCACAAAAAAAAUUCUGAAUUGAGUUUCUCCAAAUAAAAAAAGGGCCAGUAUUAUGUUACUAUAUUUAAAAAAAAAAUGAAACCGGAAAUCGGUUUCUCUAGAUUCAAAUCUCUUGAAAUCAAACGAAUGAGAAAAAAAGUGUUCCUCCACAUUUUGAAAUCUGAUACUAAAUUUCCCCUUUGGCUUAUUUUUGAAAAA